AUGAUUUUAUCAACAUCGUGGAUCCCCGAUGCAAUUUUAUUCCUUCUAACGCUAUUCGCGCUCUUGUACUUUUACGCUACAAGAAAAUUCAACUACUGGAAAAACCGCAAUGUCGUCUACCAAAAACCCAUCCCGUUCUUCGGCAACUUCAAAGACGUCAUCACCCUGCAAAAAACCAUCGGCAACUGGCUAAGGGACGGCUACGAAGCGAUGAAACCCCACCCGUACUUCGGCACCUUCGUCUUCGACGAGCCCUACCUGGUGAUCAAGGACCCCCUUCUGGUCAAGCACGUCCUCGUCAAGGACUUCCAAGUUUUCUCCGACAGAACCACGGCCACGGGCGAACACAACGAGGUCUUCCGCCAUUUCCUCUUCUUCAUGCGCAACCCCCAGUGGACCGAGUGGAGGCGGCUGCUCAGCCCCAUCUUCACCUCGGGCAAGCUGAAGACCGCCUUCCCGGUCAUCGCUCGAGUAGGCGAACGCUUCCAGGAGUACCUCGCCAGCCACCAGGGGGAGCUGGACGCCAAGGAAGUCGCCGCCAAAUACUCCACCGACGUCAUCGCCAAGGCCUUCUUCGGCAUCGAGGCGCAUUGCUUCGACGACGACAACGCCAUCUUCAGGGUGGCCAGCCGGAGGAUCUUCGAUUUCAAUUUGAGGAACGGCAUCGUCACCACCGUGUACUUUUCCUUGCAGAAUUUGGUGAAGAUUUUUAAGAUUGAUUUCACGGAACGAUGGGUCACCGACUAUUUCACCAAGUGUUUUAUGCACGCUUUCGACGUGAGGGAGAAGCAGGGGUUGAGGGUUAACGAUUUUAUCGAUUUUCUUAUCGAUCUUAAGAGGAAAGAUACCAGCGGGGAUUUCGACAUAUUGAAAUUAAAAGGUGCCGGUAUGCAAUUCUUUUUGGCCGGAUUCGAAACCACCAGUUCCACCAUUUCCUUCACAUUGCACGAGCUGUGCUUGAACAGAACCAUCCAGGAUAAGGUUAGAUCGGAGAUAUUAUCGAAUCUGGAGGAACACAACGGGCUCACCUACGAGGGCGUAUUGAACAUGAAGUACCUGGAUAUGUGCAUCAAAGAAACACUUCGUAAAUAUCCAGUGUUGCCGUUCUUAGAUAGGAAAUGUUCGGAAGAUUACAAACUGCCUGGAACCGAUUUGACGAUCGAAAAAGGAACUAACAUAUACAUACCGAUGUUUGGAUUGCAAUACGACGAACAAUAUUUCCCUGAACCGGAAAAAUUUGACCCGGAUCGAUUCCUGGAUUCUAAAAAAUGCAACGCGAACGGAUUGGUGUACUUUCCAUUCGGAGAAGGACCGCGAAUUUGCAUAGGAGAAAGAAUAGGACUGUUGUCUGUAAAGCUUGGUCUGAUAUCGGUUUUAACGAAAUUCGAGGUUGAAAGGUGCCGAAAUACUCCGGAUCCGGUGGAUUUCGCCCCGAAAAGUCUGGUGCUCCAGUCGAAGGUGGGACUUCCGAUGACGUUCAAACGAUUGACAUCUUAAUCCGAACAAACUGCGAUUUCAAUUAGUUAUAGACAUUUAUUCAUUAUUUUUCAAUUAAUUUACAAGGGCGUAUGUUGAUAAUACUAUUUUGUAAAGAAGAAUAAUAGUUUUAUUUUUGGAGAUAUAUUCAUUAUAAUCGUAUCGAAUAAUUGAAGGUUUCCGAAUUCGCAGCUGUUCCUUCGAAACAAAAUAUAUUUAUAAUAUGUCGUCAACAAUCUAGCGGAAUUAUCGCGAUAAAAUCCAAUUCCUAGGCAGGUGCUCAGAAAUAUCGGAAACCUUCGUUGCUCGAUACCAAUUCACCUGAUACGAGUUUCCUUGAAGUGGUCCUCAAUUGACGAGACGAUUAUUCGAAAAGAAACGAUGCCACAUAACGAACAGUUUCGAUAGAAGACACAGAGGAGUUACAAUUUCUUUGUCAAGUUUCAUUUUAAAUAUUAUUAU